GGCGCUAGGUGCGGCUUUAUGAGCAGGCAGAGCCGGGCGGCGCGGGCAGAGCUGGUGGCAGGCGCAGGAGGAAGUAUGAGGACCGCGGGGGCCGUGUGGCUGCUGGCCCUGCUAUGCCGGGCGCAAACUACAGAUCUGAACCUUCCUCCUGAAGACUUGGACUCAUCUGGAGAUGAUGAUGACGCUUUCUCUGGCUCAGGUGCUGGUGCAUUGUCUCAUUCUGUGGAGGCGAUUAUUCUAGUAGGACCUACAAAUUCAUCCAUAGAUGUUGAAAAACUUCAAACAACUAUUUACUAUCUCCAUGAGACGGGAAGCCCAGCUGACAAGGAAGUAGUGGCUCCAUCCUCCAGCAGUGAUGUGGUGACAGAUGAGCCAGAAGUAGAUGUCCCGGAUGAAACGCAUGAACUGGUCACCUUCAUUGCCGGUGAAAGGGAGGAAGUGAUGACUACAAGUCCUACUACUCAUAGUCCCAGUGUCAAACUAACUACCUCACCAGUCUUGAGUACAGCUGAUGCAGUGGAACCUGCCAUCCAUAGUUUUGAUGUGGGUGAUUUUGCUAAAGAAGCGCAUGAUCCCAACUUUCCCCCUGCUAGCAAGGAAGAUGUCACUACAGCUGCUGUCCACACAACCACUACCCUUAGGACUGACAUUCCAGCACAUGAAGAUGGAGAGAUUCUGACUUCUGAGGAUGGCUCUGGAGACGUGGGAGACUUCUUCAUCUCUAGGAAUGAUGAAAAACUAGUAGACUCCGACAGGAAUACAGAUGUUGACUCUGAAAGGAAUAGUAAAGCUGCAGGAGCCUUGGGAAUAAUGGACCGGAAAGAAGUCCUAGGAGGUGUCAUUGCUGGAGGAUUAGUAGGCCUGCUAUUUGCAGUGUUCCUAGUUGGGUUUAUGCUGUAUAGAAUGAAGAAGAAAGACGAAGGAAGCUAUUCAUUGGAUGAACCAAAGCAGUCGAAUGGAGGAUACCAAAAACCACACAAACAAGAAGAAUUCUAUGCGUAAACACUGAUAUUCAGGACAUUUAAUUCACCUUUUGUUUUUUUUGUUUUUUGUUUGUUUUGUUUUUUUCUUGGGCUCUCCUGUCCCUGCACAUGGACCUCCUCCUGGUUUUCUGCAUUAAACUCGAGCCAUAUGACCGUUGGGUGCAACUCCUGCUACCUUGCCAUUGGAAAUUCAGACUACAAAAUAGAUCUGGAUUCACUGAUCUCCAUCCUGCUUUCUUGCACAAAGAUCUUUUUAAAGUAGGACUGCAAAGCUCCUAAACUUGCUUUGGUUUAGCUAAAGACUGCUGGGUGAAAGGAGAUGAGGGAGAACUGCAUGUAUAUAAACUGUUUGAUGGUUAGAAAACUGGCAGGAAUAAACAGCUAAGAAAGCUUGAUCUCUGGUAUACAGAAUUUUUUUCCAUGUUUUAACUGACAAAACUGUAUGUAGUAUGAUUACCUGCAUUUGGCAGGAAAGGUUGGUACCUUCCAGGCUUUUUUUUUUUUUUUCCUAGCUGCCAAAAUUAUAGCACUUAAUGGCCAUAAGACAGCAUACAGAAGAUGACUACUAGUUAAGAGGAGGAGUGAAAGGAUAGGGCAGGCUUAUUUGACUGCCACUGAAUUAAAGAGUCUAAUUUAUACUUUUCAGAAAAGACUAUUUUAACAGUUUCCCUAACUAGUUCCUUAAGUCGGUACACAUACUGGUACUUUUUUAUUGAGGGUUUAACUAGACAAAACUGUAUGCUCUAUACGGAAACGGAGCUUCCUUAUCCUACUUAAUCCUUCCAGGCUGAUUUAAACCAAGAAAUGACUUGGGAUUAGAUGGUCUAAUCCCACCAUUCUUUAGAUGCCAAAUUUCCCUUCUAGUCUUGGGGUUGAUCCUGUUGUAUCCCGCACCACUAUGUGAUACUCUGAUUCCAUAUUCUAGCCUCUACCUCUGUGCUGUUAGAGUGGAAGUGACCACUGCAACUAAAUCUGCCAUGAGUAUACCUGAUGCCUACUGCAUUUGUUCAUAGUGUGAAUGGUACAAAAACCAGGGCAGACCAAGUGUCUGGGGAUGCUAUCCCCAAGAACCAGGGAGCAUGGAAGCAUAUUAUGUAUUUAAACUGGCACAAGCUCAAUGAACACAGCCAGUUUUAUAGAAAUGUCAGCUGUUGCAAUUUAAGGAAAUUUGUCUUCAGACCAAUAUCCUUAUGUACAAGGAUGUUAUGGAUAAGCGUGUACCUUCAUCUUUACAGUAUCACCUGGCUAACCUUCCAAGCCAAGGAGCUUUUGUUGCUUUGAGUAGAAAAGAUGUAAAGGGAAGUAGCUUGUUUCAAAAGUUUUGCCAGAAAUUGGUGGGUUUUAAUAUACAAUAGAACUUCACAGUGAAGUGUCGUGACAAUCUAAAUAGAUGGAUGCGUUUAACUACACUUGUCCAUGAAAUGGAAUUGAGUGACCUUGGUUUAAACCAUAAAUGCGGAAGAAAUGUUAGACUUCCUAAAAUACUGCAUAAUCUUUGCCUUUUGCUUUGCCAUCUGGACUUCGUAUUAUGUUCCAAGUCGAUAAGGUUCUUUCCUGCUCUUAGUGAAGGUAGAAGGAAGAGAUGAAUGUUUACAAUUAGGAUGUAAAUAUUUAUAGUGCCGAGGAAGUGAUUGGAGAACAUUGGCAGCAGUUGGCACAUGUAGGGUGGAAAAAAAUUAUUUUAACUUAAAUGAAGUAGAAAACAUUCCUGAGUUACUACUUGCCUAAAACUGGUGCCUUUUUCAAUUUUUCUCAACCAAACCAAGAAAGUACUUGUUUGAUUCCAAACUUAUUUAUGCACUAGAUUAAUUGCCUGUUUAGCAGUUUGCUCUUAAUUUUCUAAGAAAAUAAAAUUUGAAAUGUUAAUCACUGCCUUUUUUUUUUUUUUUACACUGAGUUUUUAUAAGUUAAUGCAACAACUGGAUGGUGUUAAUUGCAGCUGUAACUUUGCUUUGUAUAGGAAUGCAGAAAUGCUGUUUUGAUAGCAGGUUUUCUUGAUGGUUUUUUGUUUUUGUUUUGUUUUUUGCUUUGGGGUUUUUUUUUCUCUUUUUGAGAGAAAUGCUUGCAAACCACAGGAAUCUAAAAUAACUUCAGUUGUACCUCACCACUUUGUAGAGGGAAUAAAAAAAUAACUUUGUAUAUUUUGGUAGCUUAUUGUCAUGCUUGGUUUCCCUAAUUCUAGCUAUUCUUCAUUAUUUAAGUGGUGCAAAUGAAUUUUAAUGGAAGAUACUUCAGUUGGUUAUCAGUACACCGUGUAAAGAGACACAUGCAAUAAAUGGCAUUUUGGCAAGUGA